AUGUCUACCACUUUCAGACCAGACUCAGAAUCACUGCCCGACAUGACGCUUCCCGAGUCGUUCAAGUCUUCCUCGUUCCAGUCCAUGUCCUCCCUCCAUUCCGACGACACCAACACCCUUGACGCCAUCGGUCACUUCGAGGACAUUGGGCUCGAUGACGACGCAGACUCGGCUCCUCAGUACCCGCCGAAGCCCCAGGGACACCAAGGUCGCUCGCUCGCCUCCACGGCCCGUUCUUCGAACCCAUACCGCUCCUACUCGUCCGAACGUUAUCCUCCUGCUCAUGCUCACCCUCACGCGACGCCUGGCCGCUCGAAUCCCCUCUCUACCCCCCCUUCCCGAGACCUGGCUGGGGGUGGUGGGGGUGGGAGAAGAAAACCAGAGCCGACCCCAGCUUUUCAUCCUCCGCGACCGACCCCCCAGUCUCUGCAUACCGAAUCGCGUUCGGCCGCCUUUGGCGCUCGUAGUAGCAGCCUCAAUGCUCGUUCACCUCGCCCCGUCAGCCCACAUCACCGCGGCCUCGCCAGCCGAUCCACGACCUCCCUCUCCUUAGCGAACCCGAAUAGAAGACACCGUAGCCGCAGCCCCGUCAUGAACAUGCACAUGCACCCGUCAUCCUUGGUGCCGCGCGACCCAAACACACACAUGAAGCCUAGGAGGAGCAGCUGGCAGUCUACCCGCGAAAGAAAGACCUCUUUAGAGCUAGAGAAGGAGUGCGACGAUGACGACGACGAUGACGAUCACAUCCCCGAAGGUAUCAUCCUCGAUAAUGUGCCCAUCUCGCCCCGUCCCCAAGUGGAACGCUCGCUCAGCCGUGCCUCGUCGCGCGCUCCCUCCGUCGACAGGGGCCCUAAGGAACGCGUUCGUAGUAUAGGCAACGGAACCCCCCGUGUCGCCCUCGCCCACGGCUCGCUCAAGUCGCCAACCUGGAAAACCGACCCGCCGGCGUCGCCCAUCGGACUGGGACUGAUAGGUCAAGGGCCACAACAGGACGAUCGGGAAACGUCGCCCGCCUGGGCUCCCGCCUCGGCCCCGGCCCCUGCUCCUGCUCCUGCUCCUGCUUUCGUCCCUGCUCCUCUCAAGGCGCGCGCCAAGAGCUGGAACGCCGCAUUGUCCGAACUCAGCACCGAGGCCAAGGCCUUGACCGAAAAGCUGGAGGAGCACGCCGACCAAGUGGGCGACGCCGAUGACUGGACCAGCUCCUAUGGCUAUGGCUACGGCAGCGGCCGCAAGCCGGACCAACGGGUCAAAUCCGCCCUCCCGGACCUGCCGUCCCUACGUCAGGCUAACAUCAUGAUCGACGCCAUGCCCAUGUCCAAGGAGAAAGAAGCCGUCCUGGCUCGCACCCGUCCCUCAUGGCUCCCGCCCAAGGACCCGGCCGAGGACCGCAAGCACUGGAAGGAGUACGAGAAGAUGGUGGCGCGCAGCAUCGAGUCGGACCGUCGCCGCGAGGCCGAGAAGCUAUCGAGGUCGUCCGACCGCGACGUCACCGCCGACGGGCUGAUGCGCAUCUGGGAGGAGAACAUCAUCCCGCGCUGGCCCGACGCCGUCCGCGAGCGUCGCACCCGCGAGCUUUGGUGGCGCGGCGUGGCCUCGCGGAGCCGGGGUGUCGUCUGGUCACGUGCCAUCGGAAACGAGCUGGACCUGACCCCUGCGUCGUACAAGGCCGCCUUGAACCGCGCCUACGACGUCGAGGGGCGCAUCGAGGCCGGCAAGGCCGAUGCCGAUGAUUUGCGCAAGGGCGCGUGGUUUUCGAAGAUCCGCGAGGAUGUCAAGGAAAACACCUGGCAGGACCUUCGCAUCUUCCAGGUUGGGGGUCCGCUCCACCAGAGUCUGCUCGAUCUUCUGUUCGCGUAUGCCAUGUACCGGAGCGACAUUGGCUACGUUCAGGGCUGUAAUACUGUUGCCGCACUCCUUCUGCUCAACCUCCCAAACACCGCAGCCGCCUUCAUCGCCCUCGCCAACGUCCUCAACCGGUCUCUCACCCUCGGUUUCUACGCCGCCGACCUGGGCGUCAAGGCAUCGGCCUACAACCUGGUCCUGCAGAACCUGAAGAUCAAGUCCCCCGGUCUCCACGACCACCUGACCCGCCACCUCGCCGACGCCGAUCCGGACGUUUAUCUUGCUAGCGUCUUCACCGGCUUGGGGACCUUGCACCUCGCUAUGGACGAGUGCGCCCGCCUGUGGGACGUCUACGUGUUUGAGGGUGACAGAAUCCUCGUCCGUGCCGCUACUGCGCUGCUGCUUCGUCAGGAGAUGGCGUUGCUGGGUUCCAAGGACGGCCAGGAGAUCAAGCUGAUUGUUGAGGGCGGGGUUACCAAGAAUGGCCGGGUGGCUCUGGCUAGUGGCAAUCAUGACGAAGGGACCUGGAUGAAGUGGUUGAGGGAGGCGGGCAAGGCUGAUUCAUGA